AUGAAUCAAUCAAGAUCGCCCCUACCUACACGAUCGCGGGUUCUGAUAAGCGUUCCCGCCCAAGCCCAGUCCCGGCAAUCCGACGAUCAAUCAACUACGUCUCCAGUUUCACUCGCUGAUCCGAUGAGUAUUUUUGCGAUAAGCGCUUCCUUUGUGUCAUGUUUCGAGACGGUUAUUGACAGCUCCAUCAAACACCACAAGUGCGUUCUCGAUGUUCGGAACUGCUGGCUAGGCGACGAUAAUUUACUGCGAUCGGGAAUAAGUCAGACCCUGUCACCAAUUUCGCUUUUAGGGAUCACGAUGAGAUGCAGGGUAUUACCAUCGUCAACGGGGUCAUGCAGACAGCCUAGACAAGAACAAGGUCGACGGAGACGCUCCGGUGCUUGUGAAGGAAGCUCGCGAUGUCGAUUGCAUGCUAGAGUACGAUGCCCAUGGCAGUCGGAUUCAUGGGGGUGCUUUUUUGCCUGUCUCGAGUGCCGUGCCGGAUGUGACUGGCACGACUCGGCCGGGUGUGAUAGCGUGAACGUGAAUGCUGUUGACACUCUGUUUCAAGGUCUUGGCAAAGCACGUUGCAACUUUGAGGACCAAUCCAAUGAAGCCGUAACGGACGACAUCGAGAUUGCUCAGGGCCGUUGCAAUGUGUCCAUGCAAUGCCAUGUCUUUCUUUUUCAUGCUCAACAAAAAGGCAUACUUGUACAUAUCAGCAGAGUGACAGCUCCAGAGCCAGUCGUCUGUCGUUAUUCCCGUCCAGAAUAUUCAGAUAUCUCGUUAGAAUGCUCUGGACUCUACCCACAUCCCGUGAACCGAAUCGACGACAUAUCGUCAUUGAAACGGAAUCAUCUCCGACUAGUGGGAUCUGGGUCAUGGGACAGGAGAAACAGAACAAGACAAUCGGAAAUUGGCUGUGUCAUCAAAGGAGUGGCCGAUGGCGCUAGGACUGUUUUGAAGGCUGACUCCAAACGCCGGAACGGAAUGCCCUGCCAAGAUCUCCGUUCGCCAACUCCGUUUACCGCUUACUGUGAUAUCUCUUUAGCCAUCCUCUUCACCUCGCUCAGUUGCGUUCAACAACACGGCUUCGCAAGGCCCCUUCAAUUCAUCCCAACACGAUCCACAGACAAGAGACAGCAAAGAAGAAGAAGAAGCGGUCAUGAACAUCAUGAAACUCAACUCUACAGCAUUGAAUUUUUUGCAGCGGACUUUUCACUGUCAAGCCCAACACGCCAAUUUACACAUUUCAACAAUGCUCUAUUUCUGGGUACACUAAACGCUAGCCCAGAGCCCAAUCCAACGGUUCAGGCUCAUCAUGCAAGGACAGGGUUCUCGCUCUCGCUCUCGGUCAGAGUCAGCCCUCAAAAAGAAUUAUUAGGGGUCCAUCAUCUCUUCUGUCUGUAUGGAGUAUCAUCCUUUCAAGCUCAACCUCAAAAUACUGGAGCCCGCCGUAAGACCAGCGUUGCAGCCCUGAGUACUGAACGACCCGAAUCCCCGGGUACGCGGUGUGCUGCGCUGUAUCCGCACAUCGCAUUCUGCUCAUCUUCCUCCCUGUGGAUAUUGGAUCAUCCCGGUGCUUAG